UUGUCAUUUGUCAAAAAAUAUCUGUUUUUCACUCUGCUUUCGGCUUUACAAAUAAAAAAAACCUAGUUUAUUUUGAAGAAAUUCUCCUAAUCAUGGCUAAAGAAAUAAACGUUGAAACAACAAGAAUUGUGCACCUAUCGUGUUAAUCUGUAUAUUUAAUUAUCCUUUUUGUUAACCCUAAAUCAUAUUAAGUAUAAUACAUACAGGUUUAGUUAAUAGUCUUUCUUGUAUAAUUGCUAUUGUAGCGGUGUUUGUUUGAUUACUAAACUUUUUAAACUCAACAAUAUGAGUUCUGAGACGCAUCACACUGAACAAUCAAUAAAAAAUGACAAUAUCGAAGAUUUAAACAUUUUAAACGAAGUUGAAAAAUUACUGCCAGACUCCACAAAAUCUACUAGUACCAUCAAAGUUUCUGACAAUAGUGACCAGGUAUCUGAAGAAACUGCAUCUCAAGACCUUGACAUAGAACGAGAUAAAAACCAGUUAGAUGUAAUAACAGAUGAAGAUGAUUUUAACAGUGAUGAUAUAGAAUUGAGAUGGGAUGAUGAUGAUGAAAUUGAUGAAGAAGCUAUUCUUAAUGAUACACCUUCGAAAGUAACAAAUGAUUCUAAAGUUGUAAAUGAAAGUGAACUAAUUGAAGGUAAUACUAUGGUUGAAAUUAAUCGUAAAGUAGUUUUAAAUAGUCCGAUAGAAAGUACUACAAUGGAUAGUAACAUUUAUGAGGAUAAACUUAAUCCUAUGAAUGUAAAUAUCAAUAAAGAAUUUUCCAAGAAGGAUAAAGAAUAUGUAUUGGCUAAAACUUCUAAUAAUUCAGAAAACUUGUCUGUUGAUUUAGUAGAGCAUAAAGAUAAAGAAAUAAAUGAAAUGACUAGUAGUAUAAAAAUAAAUACUACCAAAGAUAAUUGUAAUAUUGAUAUUGACAAUGUUUCUCAAGUUCCUGCUCAAAUUACUAAUACUAAUGAAGCAGAUAUUACUGAUACAGCAUUAGAAAAUACAUAUGAGAAGAACAAUAAAUGUCAUGAAACAUCAUUUGGAAUUAUUGAAAAGUUAAAUAUCCAGAAUGAAGCAGAUAAAUGCAUUAAUACAUUAAAAAAACAAAUUAAGCCUACUGAAAGUAUUACUCAUAAAGAUCGUAAAAUGGAUGUUGAUGAAAAGUCUGAGUUGGAAGAUUUCACAGAAAAAAAUAAUUUAUUAUCAAGUACAAUUAAUGAAUCAUUUCAAAAUGAUAGUGAAUAUAAAACUAAUGUAGAGCAUGGCUUAAAUAAACCUGAUGUAAUGUUGGAGAUUCCAACCCAAGAGUUAAUUGAUUUCAUGAAUGAUGAUAAUUUCUCACAAAGUGACAUAUCUGGCGAAAGUGAUAGCACAAAAGAAAAAAGUGUGAACAGUGAAUAUGAUGGUAAAGUUGAGAAAGAGAAAACAAGUGCUUUGGUAUCAGAUUCAGAACAAGUUGAAACUGUGGAUCAACAGAAACUAGAUAUUUGUGAAAAAGAUGUGAGUGAUCCUAAAUUAUGUUCUUCCAUUGUUAAUGUUGACCAUCAGCUAGAUGAGAAUAAGGAUAAACCUAAAGAUACCAUAGAAUCACAAACUGAUAUGGGAAUAAUAGAAAAAGAUAAUAAAAUUGAAUCAGAACACUCUAAUUUACAAAUAGUUAAUGAAAAUAAUGAAUUGGAGACAAAUAGUAUUAAAAUGAAGACAAUUGAAAAUAUGGAAAAUAAAGAAGGGAUGGAAAGAUCACUGUUUGCACCAGAAAAACAAUUUCUUUGUAAUGAGGGUAAAUCUGAUCCACCACAUUUGACAUUAUCUGUUGCUGAUGAACAAUUAUCUAAAACUAUAGUUUUAUCUAGUACAGGUGCAGAAAAAAUUGAAUCUUCUAGCAUGUCUAUAGUAGAUACAGAAUCAGAUACAAGCAAACUAAAUGAAAAAUCAAAAAUAAUAAAAACAUCAGACUUAACUAGUCAAGCACCAUUAACACAGGAUAAUCAGUCAAAUAUAGAUGAUGUAAAUGCUGUUCAACCAUCCACAUCUGUAGAAUUAAGUACAGAUGCACAACUUCAACAAUCAGCAUUAGAUAAAAUGGUGGUUGUGCCAGAAGUUACAGAUAGUUUGGGAUUGUUGGCUGAGUCAUCAAGAGUUAUGGAAGAUGAUGAGGAAGUGGAGGAAGAUGAUGAUGGUGAUGAUGAUGAGGAUUUUGAUCAGGAUGAUGAGAGUAGUAAUCAAAUGACGGCUGAACAUUCUGAGGACUCAAAUGCACAGCAAUCAGAGCAUGAUGCUAAGGAUAAUGAUGAGAAGGAUCUAGAAUCUCCAGAAGUGAAGACUGCUGAUUUUGGAUUUCCUGUCACUGAUGAUGCAGGCAUUGAUAAGGAUAUGGAGAUUGAUGAAGUGGAAUGUGAAGAUGUGGACUUGAGUACAGAAGUAAACAUAGCAGAUGACAAUAUAGAAACAACAGAAAAUGUACUACCUGAGCCAGAUAGUGAACCAAUGAAACUAGAAAUGGAAGAACCAUCCGAAACGGCUGUUGAGUCACCAGAAAAUACGCAAACUGUGGAGGCAUCAUGCAGUUUCGUCAAUCAGGAUAAAGAAACCAAAGAGAAAUCACCUAUAUUGGAAUCAUUGUUGUUGAAAGACGACACAAAGGAGAAGGAAGAAGUGGAGAAGAACACAAAUUCUCCAAGUAAGGCGAAGAAAUUGGAGAUAUCUAAACAGAGGCAUAUACUUAACAUUGUUGAAUUGGAGGAAAGUUCCGAUGAUGAUGUCCAAGAAAUUAAGAAAGAGUCAAAGGAGCAGUCACUAGAACAAAAGCCAAGUUCGACGGAUAAGGUGACAAGUGUGAAUAUACCAAAUGACAUCGAGGUUAUGUGCACAUCAGGCGGGGGCACCUCCGAGAUCGUCAGCAAAGAGGGGGAGGUCGUUAUUAGUGGGAUACCGAAACCGCAGCCAUUGAAACUUGCGAGGUUGAAUACAAGCGAGGUGUCCAUAAAAACGACGAGUACCCCAACAGAAUCCACACUAGUUAUACCUGAAACUAAGCCUAUAAAAGACGAAGAAGAGAAACCGAAGUUAGGCAUCGAAAUAUUCAAUCUAGACUCUGAUGAGGAGGAGGAUGCGGCGGUCGCUGCUCCAAAAGAGGAACCGUUAGCACCGCCUUCAGAGACGGCCAAGCAGGUGACAACCCAUACGGGGAAAAUCUGUGAAACCAACAAGUGUAUCAACUAUGCGUGUAAGAGUACGCGGGGGGUUACGUACUUCCAUGCGGACGCCGCCACCAUAGCGUACUACGACGCGGCCCGCAAGCGGAAACCCACAGUAUGUCAGAACUGUGCAAAUGUUGUCACUGAAAGGACACAGAAACUUAUUAAUGGUAUCAAAGAGUUCACACCCCUGUUGGAACUCGAUAUGACCAGGGUGUCUCAAGAACUGGUCGAGAUAUCUGACUCGGAUUCUGAGGAUGAGGCCGAUGUCGGUGAGGAGAUAAAAGAAACUGUAGGCGAGGCUGGCGCUAAAUUGUUAGAAGAGCACUUGGCUGAUGUGAUAAAUAACACCUGGAAGAAAUAUAAGCUGGACCAACGGCUCACUGAAACAGAAGAAGAACUUAAGAAACAGCUCAGCAUUCUAGAAGAGGAGGGCAAAGAGAUCGACACAUUGCUGAACGAAUGCCAGCGGGCGACCGACAAGUUGCGCGGUGAACUGUACGCCACGUUCGAGGUGGACCGGCACGAGUUGACACCGCUGGUCAUAUUCGAUACGCCCAAUAAUCUGUACAUAACCACUGAAUCGUCUACUGAGAAUAACGCCACUACACGAGAUGGUCGACAAAAGCGCCGGUUGUCAUCAGCGAGCGAUCCAAUCAGCAAGCGCCCUGCAAUUCCACUCGGAUACACCCCGCUCGAAGCCACGCCCGCUGCCGCUGCCGUAUCCGCUUCCGCUACCGUCUCCACCGACACCAAGCCACAGGAAAUAAAGAGUGCUGCUAUUGAUUCGUCUAAGAUUGACGACGAUAAAGAUAUAUCGGUGGUGAAGUUAUCGGCGGAAUCGGCGCCGUCGGACCUGCCCCCGCCCGGCGAGUGCAGCCGGCCGCCGCUGCGAGUCGGGAUGACGGUGUACGCGAUGCGCAACGUGUUUGGCUCCUGGUCGUUGGCCAAAAUCACUGAAUGCCAGCCAAGGAGCAGCGUGCACCAGUUUACAGUGUGCCGCGUGAAGUUCGAGAACCGAACGAAGAAUUUAUGCAGGACAACGACUGCGCGGUGCCUCGCCUACUACGAUCCGGCCGACUGCAGGCUUACCAUUGGUACUAGAGUGAUAGCGUUAUUCAAAGGCAACCAAAUGAAGAAAGAUUCCUUCUACUCGGGUGUGAUCGCUGAGAUACCAAAUCCAGUCAAUAGUUACAGGUACCUGGUAUUUUUCGACGACGGGUACGCGCAGUACGUGCGGCACGCGGACGCGCGGCCGGUGUGCGAGGCGUCGCCGCUGGUGUGGGAGGAGGUGCACCCGUUCUCGCGCGAGUUCGUGCACCAGUACCUCGCCGCCUACCCCGAGCGGCCCAUGGUGCGACUGCAUGCCGGACAGAGCCUCAAGACCGAGUGGAACGGCAGGUGGUGGGCCUCCCGUGUGAUAAAGGUGGACGCCUCGUUAGUACAAGUCCACUUCGAAGAGGACAAUCGUACCGAAUGGAUAUACCGCGGGUCGACGCGGCUGGCGCCUCUUUACUUGGAACUGCAAGCCGCGGAACGACACCGUGCCAGGCCCUUGCCACGCAGCAAACAAGUCAAGACAAACAUGCCUUAUGUGGAAUACACACGUUCAGAUGAAAAUAAAACGACCGAAGGCGUUGCGCAAGCGCAAGAGGAAAUGCGUCGUCAACGAGCGGUCGCGAAGAAAUCAACAACACCUGCCAGCCAGCAACCACCACCAGUGGCGGCCACUAACCUCGACAGCGUCACCAGCAGAGUUGUGUACUACACGCCGAAAAAUGCCGUUAAGCCAUACAAAAUGGUACCUCACUCGUGUGGUCCCAAGUGCAAGAGAACUGAUGUGCUAGCACUGAAGGAUCUGAGGACGUACAAUCCACUAGCUAAGCCCUUACUCAGCGGCUGGGAGAGGCAGAUAGUGCGGUACAAGGGCCACAAGGAGGUGAUGUACCGGGCGCCGUGCGGGCGGCGGCUGCGCGGGCCGCGCGAGCUGCACGCGUACCUGUCGCGCGUGGGCUCCGAGCUGCCCGUCGACCUGUUCGACUUCGCGCCCAACACGCACUGCCUCGCCGAGUUCGUGCUCAACAAGUGCCUCGUCGGCAAGAAGGACUUGUCGCACGGCAAAGAAAACGUUCCCGUUCCGUGCGUGAACUACUAUGACGACUCGCUGCCGGAGUUCUGUUCGUACAACACGGAGCGGACGCCCACCGCUGGGGUCCCACUUAACUUGGACCCCGAGUUCCUGUGCGGGUGCGACUGUACGGACGAUUGCCAGGAUAAGACUAAAUGCGCGUGCUGGAAGAUGACACUAGAGGGCGCCCGGACAAUCGGCCUGGACGGACCCAAUGUGGGAUACGUGUACAAACGGCUACCGGAACCCCUGCCUUCCGGCAUAUAUGAAUGUAACUCAAGAUGUAAAUGUAAACCAACAUGCCUGAAUCGCGUCGCUCAACAUCCUUUGCAGUUGAAAUUACAGGUGUUCAAGACGCUCAACCGUGGCUGGGGUAUCCGGGCAUUGAAUGAUGUCCCCAAAGGUUCCUUCCUCUGCGUGUACGCUGGUAACCUGCUCACCGAUGCCACCGCCAAUCUUGAUGGUUUAAACGAAGGCGACGAGUACCUAGCAGAGUUGGACUAUAUCGAGGUUGUGGAACAGAUGAAGGAAGGCUACGAGGAAGAUAUCCCAGAAGCUGACAAGAAGCUCGAUAAGGAAGCCGAUAACUGCGACGAGGAGCAAUCGUCCAGUUCGGAUGACGAGAUCAAUAAAAGGGAAGAAAAAGAGGAUGACGACUUUCAGCCAGGACAUAUCGGUUUGGGCGUUCAAGAGUUCAAUAAACGUCUGCGUAUCCGUGACAAAGAUAAGAAGGACAAAGAGAAACUGAAAGCAGAGAAGGAGAAGGAAAAGAUUGUGGAGAAGGAAAAAGAGAACGAAGACGACUGUAUCACUAUUAGCGACGACGAUGAAGUUCGAGAACCAUCAAGAUUUAUGGCACAGGCCGGAAUGAAGUCGAAUGAAUUUGUACCUAAGUAUAGAUCUGUGCGUUCGCUGUUCGGCGAAGAUGAGGCGUGCUAUAUCAUGGACGCUAAGGUUCAGGGCAACAUUGGCAGAUAUCUCAAUCACUCGUGCACUCCGAAUGUCUUUGUCCAAAACGUGUUCGUGGACACGCACGACCCUCGGUUCCCCUGGGUCGCGUUCUUCGCCCUCUCACAUAUCCGUGCCGGCACCGAGCUCACGUGGAAUUACAACUAUGAUGUGGGUUCGGUUCCCGGGAAGGUCCUCUAUUGCUACUGUGGAGCGCCCAACUGUAGAGGACGACUGCUGUAAAUUAGAUCUAUUUUUGUACGCUGGUCUCAGCUCGGAAAUUUUUGACAAUUCUCAUUUGUACUUGUCUCAAUUAAGAGCGUUCAUACCGAAAUAUUGCAUUGUCUAUAUUAUUUAUUUAUUUUUUAAGGAUCACAUUCUUAAAUAUAUUUAAUAUUAAAAAAUGUAAUAGUUAUAAUAGAUCAAUUUCUACAAACAGUUGAAUCAUUUCCGAUAUUUUUUAAAUGAUUAUUCAUAAAACGCUCUUAAAGCGAAUUAAAACUCAUUGAAGAAGCUGCACAUAAGUCUACACAUUCAAUUUUGAACCCACUUCAUGUUUUAUUUCCAAAUAAUUUUUCGCUUACAAAAUCCAAAAUUUCAGUGAUAACUUAAUAAAAAGUUAUAUACAUUAUUUCAUAACGUUUAAGGUCACACUCUCUUCUUAUUCAAGAGUUUCCUCUUGUUGAGGCAACUAAUGCAUGCAUUCUCUUCCAGCCAGCUCUAUUUCAGAGCCAUAUCUUUUACCUCCCUAUAUGAUAUGACACCUUGUGUUUUAAGUGACUUAAGGUCACUAUGAGAGCACAUUUUAAAUGAUUAUUUAAAUAUAAUGAAAGUUUAAUAAUAAUAUAGGUGUUGUUAGAUUUCGGUAUGAGGACCCUUAAAUGUUCUCACUGUAACCUAAUCAUAAAUAUAUAAAACAAAAGAAAUAAUAUAAAACCUUAUCAGAUAUCCGAUCUAGAGAUACCAGUGUUUUUUUAUUAUUUUAAAAUUGUAUAAGGACAAUUUUCAUGCAGUCUUAAAAGGGAGAAGUAACGAGACAUAUCGGUUUUUGUCACCAAAGCACUUAAAGUAUAUGUUGCCUCUAAAUCUUUUUGACCACCAUUCCGUUUUCUUAGUUCGUCGCGUUAUUUAAUAUUGAUAUGAUUUCGAUUGAAAUUAUACUGUUAUAUACAUAUAUAUAUGUAUGUAAGAUCAUGGCUAAAUACGGGCACCCUUAGUUAACCCUUAUAGAAGUUGACUUUAACCUCUUAGACCUUUGUAAUUGACCUCGAUAAAAAAGAACACGCCUGACUUGACCUGAAGGGUUUCGCUGUAUAAGCGAUACCGGUCAGAUAUUUAUUAUAACAGUUUAUGGAAGAAUUCUACGUUUUUGUAAAAAGUAUCAAUUGGCGUUUUUUUUUUUCUAAAUUGGUCAAUUUUGAUUUACGUCGACUUUUACUAAGGGCCCGUAAGGGCAAGUAAAAUAUUGUACAAUAUCUUGUUUGAUGUAGAAAUAAUCUUAUUUGUUUAUUUAUUCGUUGCAUGUGCAUAAAAAUAUGAGCCCGGUGACAGUGAUCACUUUGGAAGUUUUAACUGUGAAAGACAUUGAGUGAGAUUUUUGUAGCCGAUUGAGUCGAUUCUGAAGCGCCUUUUCUCAAACUUAAUUCUUGACUUUUUAUUUUUAUUUGAUAAUAUUUUGUAAUAAUUUUAAUUUAGAAAAUUGGUUCAUACUAAAUGAUUCGGUACACUUAAUUUUCACCUACAAUGCUGUCUACUAAAAGUGAUCCGGAUUAGAGAUUCCCAUACAGAAUUAUUUUUAAUUUUUUAAAUGAACUUUAGAGUUUCUUUUUCCUUUUUUGUUUUAAACCACCCCUGUGUUAUAAAACAAAAAAAAAAUAAA